UGGGUACAUGAUGGGGUGAGUUGCAUAAGGGAGUCUGAAGGACCUCUGCAGGGACGCGCGGCGCGGGGACGUGAGUGUCCGCAGCCGCAUCUCAGCGCCUCUGUGCGGGGCUCCAUGCACCGGGCCCGGAGCCUGCGGAGCCUGCGGGGCCUGACCGGGCUGCAGCUCUCCCCGGCCCGCUCCGGAGCUCACUGUGCCCGGCGGAGGAGCUGGAGCGCGGGCCUGAGCGCGGCCGGAGCGGGGGGGCUGAGGCUGUGCGCGAAGCCCGGCUGGGGGCCGCUCUCCGCCGGGAACACCUCCUCCAGGGCGCUGUGCUCCGGCCCGGAGAGGGACCUGUCCUCCGUGUCCGUGGUGGGCAGCGCGGACCCCAUCACCUGGGUCCGCUGCAGGUUCAUCAUCCUCCUCAUCAAGCUGCUGUUCGAGCUGGACCUGGCCUCGGAGGAGUUUAACUCAGGGGCCAAACAGGCGCUGGUCCAAGUGUCUCACCUGAUGUCCACGGGGCAGUUCCACAGACUCAAGGGGGCUCGUCUCAUGAUGGAGUACGUGGAGACCAGGACCAAGGCUCUGUCCCGCGCUCAGAAACUACAGCUCCCCGUCCUCACUGAUGACAUCAUCUUCCUGCUGCCGGAGGACGUCACCGUCGUCUUUGACCAAUACGGGAGGAAGUUCUGCUCCAUCACGAUGCGCUUCUGGUUCCUGACGGCGCUGGAGGGGCCCGAGGACCCCGAGGCCACCAGGGUGUUCAGGGUGGCCCCCGGUGAAGACGGACGCCAGACGACCAAAGUGGCAACCGCAGUUUACGAGUUCCGUCGAGAGCUGACUCGAGGGGCCUCUCCAGACUGGACCGUCAUCACUGUGUGGCACUGGCACUGGACUCUGGCCCCUGAGGCCCCAGACUGACACCAGACUGACACCAGACUGACACCAGACUGACACCAGACUGACACCAGACUGACACCAGACUGACUCUGGGCUACAGGAACCAGCAGGGGCCAAAAGACACUGUCAGAGUGAAGCGUUCACAUGGAGCUGCCGCCUUUACCUCACUUGCCUUUUUAAACACUUUGACCACAUGAGCUUUUCAACUGAGGCUUUUUGUACGAGUAAAAUGUUCAAAUAAAUUUAUAAUUUUA